UGGUUGGGUACACAUGCGUUCUCUAAAAGUUUUCUUGUGCCAUGCGCUGAUGGUGUCAAAAUUAAAAGUAGUUCACGAUAAAGUUCACGCAGUCCAGUAAAAGUGCUGUUUUCGGAAAUUGUAACGUUUGAAAAUGAUGUUUGUUUGAUGUAUAUUUCGUUUCUUCCUCUGUGAAAUGGGAGGCAGAUUCACCAAGAUCCCAGUUGUGGAAACAGAAACUGAGGAUGAUACCGAUUGGAGCAAAGUCGGGGCUUUUGUGCAAAAAGUUGUCGUUGAUGGAGUUCGGCGAACAAAAGAUUUUGUCAUUCACGAUCAAUUGAAAGAUGUACUAGAAGCAAAGAAUUUUGCUGAUGUAAUCAAACAGUCAAUAGCUGUGAAAAAUAAGUUAGAGGCUCUUGGGAUUUUUCAAAAGGUUGGCGUUUUAAUUGAUGUAAGCAGAGGCCCUGAUGCAGUCGAGGAUGGAUACGAGGUGACUUUCUUUGUCCAAGAAUCUAGUCGAAUUAAAGGCGGGAUCAGCAGCUCUUUCACUUUUAACGAAUUGAAUUGUGUCGUCGGUCUACAGUUACCUAAUUUUACGGGCAUUGCGGAUAGAGUUUUCACAGAAUUUGGCAUUGGGUCGAAUAAAUCCAAAUCUUUCCAUGUUUCAUACCUCAGACCACUCUACAGUUUUGAUCGUGCCAUUUACAAGGCAUCAGUAUUUCAGAAUAUUUCCCAGCGGCCGAUGGCUGGCUUCAAACUACUAGAACAAGGUAUCUCAUCUGAAAUAUCGGCUAGUUUCUCUCCAUGGGGAAAGCAGACUCUUCAGUGGGAAGGUACGAUCCGUAACCUCUCAGUCCUAGCGAAAAGCGUUCCUUUCGAUGUGCGAGAACACUCAGGUUACACGUUGAAAUCCUCCUUAAGACAUAUUUUAUCAUUAGAUACCAGGAAUUCAUCUGUUCUCCCAACUAAUGGAAGUCUCAUCGAGCUGAUCAACGAAUUUGCAGGGCUCGGCGGUAAUGUCAAACACUUCAAGCACGAGUUGUCACUGCAAUUUAACUGCCCGUUAGUCUCUGAUUAUGUAUUGCAGCAAUCCUUCAAAUGUGGACUAAUACACAACUUUGGGAAAGAUUAUAAAGCAGAGCCAUGUGAUCUAUUCUUUUUGGGUGGUCCGUUGACUUUGCGAGGUUUUCAGCAAGACGGCAUAGGUCCACAAGUAGAUGGUUAUUUUCUUGGAGCUCCUAUUUACUGGGCUUCCAGUUUGCACCUGUACACCCCUAUUCCAUUCGCCGCCAAAAGCUCUUUAAUUAGUUUCAUUAGGCCUCAUCUUUUCCUCAACUGUGGGAAUAUUAGUAAUUUAGCAAGUAAUGACUUGAAAUCAAAAGUAGUUGACCUCUCUAAAAAUAUAUGUGUAUCUACAGGACUUGGACUCUGUUUGAGGAUUGGCCAAAUUGCCAGACUAGAAAUAAAUUACUGUGUUCCAUUAUCUUUUCAUCACAACGACGCAACGAUACACGGCCCACAGUGUGGUGUUGGCUUCACAUUUUUAUAGUUCAGAAAAGUAUUUUUUAGACUGAUUAUGUAUUAUUUUCGAUGAUUGUUAUCUUGUUUUAAUGGUAUUUUGAGUACCACUGGAUGUAAUUAUUUUUUUAACUGUUCUUCCUGGUGAAGCAUGAAACCAUCAGCAUGAUGAUGAAUGAAGAUUCGCUUUAAUUUUUUUGAUGUGUUGUUGCUGAUAAAUUAUUGUUCUUGAGCGGUUAUUUUUUAUAAAUGAAUAAAAAAUUCAUUAAAAUCGAAAA